AUGACCCAUGUUUUUUUUCAAAUCUGCUCUCAUGUUCUGGAACGCUGUUACAGCUCCGAACAGUUGCCCAGCCUCGACGAUUCCCGAUCCAGCUCUCCCAUCUGCGCGUGCAUCGAUGCACCGAUAUACGCCCAGUCAUGGACAAAUUAUGAUCUGCCUGAGCGCCAUGUUCCGAACAUAAUUCUUGCCCAGGAGCGCAGUCCGGAAGCCGCUUGUAGUACAAAAUCAGUACUUCAAAAGUGUCUUGCCGAAAACACGCGACGAGUACGCGACACCGCACACCCUAUCAUCGCCGAUCGUACGGAACGGACAAACUCGCUCGUUUACCCCGGAUCGUACUUCUCACGUAUUGUAAGCGGUGCUAAGGCAAAUCAAACCUUUGACGAUGCCCUGUCCAGAUUGGGAAAACCGCUGACGAUGGAAGAAUCUGAAGAGGAGUUUCUGACUGAAUUGGACGCUCAAACCGCUGAACUACAGCUAACUCUGAUGAUUUCACGUCAUCGUUGA